AUGAAUGUCAAUGAACCAUUUACUACUUGCGAUCGUUAUACAUUUACAAAAAUGUUUUUUACAAGUAAAUUAUCAAUAUCAAUACUAUUAAUUACACUAAUCUUCAUCUCAAUAUCAAAUGCUUGGCUUGAUGAUGAUGAAGUUCGUAAAUACCUUUAUCCCUAUAUCACAGUUGAUACAUUAGAGAAUCAAGAUCUAAAACAUGGACAAUAUGGAUUUGUUAUCUAUGGACCAACUAGUUAUAGUUGCGAAGUUAAAGUUGCUGAUGGUAUGGGAGGCAUGAGUACAAUCACCAAGAUGUUGCCUACAUCGGACGCUAAACUUUCCGCCAGAUUCCCAAUCACUUCGAGUGCUCCUGAAAGCUACAAGACCUUCGAUGUUGGCUUGCACGGAUACUAUACCAUCGACUAUGACCAAAGUGAAAAGACCAACAAUGUAUUCCUAUCCUAUGCCAAAAACUAUGCCAAGACUGACCUCUACAAAGUACCACUCUAUGCUUGGUACGCCAAACAAGCAAUCUGGAAGGAAUACGAUACUCCAUUCCAUUCUGAAAGUAUGAUCCUCAAACAACUUGAUCUAGCAAUUAAUGAUGCUGAUAUUCCAGACAUGUCAGUUCAAGAUAAUAUUUACAUGUAUACACAAAAUUUCCCAUGUUCUAUAUGUACAUCCAAACUUGUGACCAAGGAGUUUGUUAAUAAUAGAAAGGCCGAUUAUGAAUUAUCCAAACAAUUAAAUGGUAUUGGUGAUUUCAAAAUUGUCCAACCAAUCAAUUUCAAUGAACAAUUCCUCUCUGUCGAUGCUGCCUAUGGAAUUAAAAAUAGACUUCUUCCUCAAGAUACUGAAAAACAAAGAACUUAUCUUUCAUUCUCAAGACAAUGGGAUAAUGAUUAUUGUCAUUAUGGUAAUGUUUUAAGUUUGUAUCAAACUUAUCAAGUUGUAGCAGCACCAAUUAAUCGUCAUUCGUUUGUGAUUGGAACUGCUCAAGAUGUAUUAUUAGAGUUUGUACUUGGAAGUACCAAACUAUUCAACCUUCCACAAAAGGACAAGGAUCCUUAUUUCAGAUUCAAUCUUCGUGCUCAAAGUCAGGAUGCUCAGACUGCCGCCUUCAAGUACAUGAUCCAAGAUGCCUUUAGAUAUUUCUAUGAAGCCAAGAUUGAAAACUUUAGAUCCUAUACCAGUUGGCAAGAGUAUCUGGGUGAAUUCGGUUACCCAGAAGCAAUGAAAGAAGUAAUGAAAAAUGCUCUUGAUAAAUUCAAACAAAAAGAUUGUAAAUGGUCACAAUCAAUCUAUAGAUUAAUGGGAGUAAAAGGAAAUAAAAAUGGGAUGCCAAUCAAGAGAACAGUUAUGCCAAUUGCACCACCACAAGGACUCAAACCACCUGCUUGUGCAAAUAUGGAGAGAUUCCCAUGCAAGCCAAUUGAAAAGCUUACCUAUUACAAGGUGAGUCAAUUGUUCUUAAACUACAAGUACCCCGUAUGCGAGAUUUACAAGAAACAAGGCUACGAAGACCAAUUCGGUGAAGUAUUGGUAUCUUCAAGUGGCAUGAGCAACCAAGAACUCCAAACCACCGAUCUCACCAAAUUCAAAGACUCUAAAAUCUCCGAGUUUAUUACAAACUUUGAACGAUUCUAUUAUGUCAAGCGUAGAGGUGACCAACUCCGUCCAUGUGCUCAAGCUGCCUAUGUUCCAGACAACAAGGAUGAAGAUGAUGAAAUUAGUCCAGAGUCUGAUACCGAUGCCGAUGAUAUUGCAGAGAAUACAAAUGUUAAUAUUGAUGUUGAUCUAGAUUAA